UAUAAAGAAACUGAACCCUCCCUGAUAAUCUAGAAAAUUCUACAACUGAAAAAAUGAUGAUGGGAGAAAUGAACCGUCCGAGUCCGACCGUUCAUGUUCCUCCAUGGUCAUUCACACCAGAGAAUCACACCUUCUCUUUGAGCCCUAAGGCCAAUGCUAAUGGCGGCGUCGAUGACUACUCUGUUUUCUUCCAGAACGAUUCUAUAUCGGCGUUGAAGGCGUAUUUACAGUCCUGCUCUCCGGAUAUUGAGAACGGAAACGGGGAUUUUCCGGUGGACGCGCAAUCUUGUGAUCAUUUUCGGAUGUUCGAGUUUAAGGUGAGGAAGUGCACUCGUGGUCGAUCGCAUGACUGGACGGAGUGUCCUUAUGCGCAUCCGGGUGAGAAGGCUCGCCGCCGUGAUCCGAGGAAGUUUCACUAUUCGGGCACGGCAUGUCCUGAGUUUCGUAAAGGGAGUUGUAGAAAAAGUGAUGGUUGUGAGUUCGCACACGGCGUAUUCGAGUGUUGGCUUCACCCGGCGCGCUAUCGUACUCAGCCAUGCAAAGAUGGGAUGAACUGUAAGAGAAGGGUUUGUUUCUUUGCUCACUCGCCCGAUCAGUUACGAGUUCUGAGUCCGCAGGCCGAGUCGUAUGACGUCAAUUCGCCCCACCGACUCGCUUUUAGGUCAUCUUCAGAUUCUGGGUCGCCGGCGACUGAAUCGCCGCCUAUAUCUCCGAUGACUAACUCGGCUAGCAAGCUGAGUCGGUCUCUGGGUUCUGGCUCCAUCAACGAAAUGGCGGCUUCACUAAGCAAGCUGCAGUUGAAUCAUAUGAAUUCUAUGCCAUCCCCUUUGAAUCGUCAGGUGGGGCUCUCUUUCCCCAUGAGCCGACCUGGGUACUUUAGCCUGCCCACGACUCCGACUCAGGCCGUUUCGCGACCAGGGAUGGGAUACUUCGAUGCGUGGGACGAGAACUAUGUGUCUGAGGAGCCAAUGAUGGAGAGGGUCGAAUCGGGCAGGGACUUGAGGGCGAAGAUGUUCGAGAAAUUGAGCAAGGAGAAUCCUCUGGACCGAGAUGCUCCGAACCCGAAUCCAAAUCCAAAGCCUUCCGAUUCCCCAAACCCAGAUGUGGAAUGGAUCUCGGAGCUGGUAAAUUAAUAUAUUUUCAUUUUCGAAGCAAUUGCUCGUGAUGAUUUAUUGCAAUUAUGGAGGUUAAUUUUUGGUGAAGAUUUUGUAAAUAUUAAAUUAUAUAAUUUAGUCCUAUGAAGAAAUUGAAUAGAACUUGAUGAUUAUGGUGAAGAGUGUAUGUUGAAUCUCUCCUUCUGGGGCACAAAUUUUCUGAAAAUUAUAACAAUUUGAAAGUUUCUUGUGUAUAUAAGAUGAUGUGCCACCUGAGGAAGAGAGAUGUAGCAGAAGAAGAUUGAAGUAUGUAUUUUUCUGUGUUGCAUAUGUAAAGAGUAUUUCAGAAAAUAUAAUGGUUCUUCAGUUGGGUGGGGCA